AUGGCCUCAGCUUCUAGGCGGGUCAAGUUGCGAUCCCCAGAAAGAGCAGACUCCGUUCUGUCCCUUCUCAUAAACCAUGGAGUCUCCGUAACCCAGAUCUCCAAGAUUGUUAGGUCAUGCCCAGGAGUUCUCAAUUAUAAUCCGGAGAAAACCCUUUUGCCAAAGCUUGAGUUUUUCGUUUCUUUUGGAGUUUCAAGGGAGUACCUUGCAAAAACUCUGGCAUAUGAAACGCAUCUUUUGGUCACAAGCUUGGAGAAGCGGAUUCUACCAACUUGCCAGUUUCUUAGAAACCUGCUUUCUGAGAAGAACUUCGUUGUUUUUUUUUUGAAGAACGGUGGCCUGCGGAUUUUCUCGGAAGGCCAUUCAAAGAAUGUGGCUCCAAAUAUUGAGCUUUUGAGAGAAUUCGGUAUGCCCCAAUCAUGUAUUUCUUUGUUGCUGGCUUAUUUUCCUAGAUAUUUAACACUAAAGCCUGAGAAUUUUGCUAAAGUUGUGGAUGAGGUUAAGCAAAUGGGAUUUGAUAUGGAAAAAUCAAGAUCUAUAGCAGCAAUAAAAGCAUUAUCUAGUGGUAAUAGUAAGUCCAUAUGGAGUCGUAAUUGUGAAGCUUAUAAGAGGUGGGGUUGGUCAGAGGAUGAUGUUCUCUCUACUUUCAAGCGGUUCCCGCCUUGUAUGAAUAAGUCGGAGAAGAAAAUAAUGCAGGUAAUGGAUUUUUUAGUGAGCAAGAUGGGAUGGCCGCAAAGAUCAAUUGUCAAAUGUCCGACUAUUGUGAGUUUCAGUUUGGAGAAGAGAAUUAUCCCGAGGUUUUCAGUUGUUAAAGUUUUGUUGUUGAAAUGA